ACAGAGAGAGAGAGAAGAUCGGAAUGUCGUCAAUUAGUGCCACCGCCACUCCCGGCACCGGUACUGGUAACAUCAGCAGUAACAGCAACAGCAACGGAAGACAGACGUAUUGGUGUCACGGGUGCGACAUGAGCGUCUCUCUCUUCUUCUCUCCACCUCUCAUCUGCCCUCAUUGCCAUGGCGAUUUCCUCGAAGAGAUGGAUUCCCCUAUUACUUCUACUCACUUCCCCCACCUCUCUUCUAACCCUAAUACCCACCAUAACAACAACACUCACCCCCCUCCUUCCCUCGAACCCUUCCCCAUCCUCUCCCCUCCUCAAGCCAUUCUCCCCCUCGCUAUCGACGAAGAUCCCGAUACCGAUGAUGACACCUUCCAAAUCCCCGACGCUAUCCGUGUCGCCGCUUCCUCCUCCUCCGAUGAUCUCCUCCGUGAUAGCCCUUACCUUGACCGCCUCAUCCAGCACCUCGCCGAUCCCGAUGACGAUACUUUCGCUCGUUACCAUCACCCUUCCUCUACUCCGGCUUCUAAGUCCUCCGUCGAAUCCAUCCCUAGCGUCAAAAUCACGACUUCAUUAUUGGCCGCUGAUACUCUCCUCUGUGCGGUCUGCAAGGACGAAUUCGUGGUCGAUGUCGAGGCCAAGCAGUUGCCUUGCAAGCAUCUUUACCACUGCGAUUGCAUUCUCCCGUGGUUGUCGCAGCAUAAUUCAUGUCCUGUCUGUCGCUAUCGCCUCCCUACGGAUGAGCCCGAGCAGCGCAGCCGCAGCAGACCCACUCGAGGGGCUAGGGUUGCGGUGAGAUUUGGGAAUUUUAUGGAGGAUGAGGAUUUUUAUGGAAUUGGGAAUACAUUGAGGCAUAUUGCUAGGAGGCACGGGCUUGUGUUUCCUGUGAGGUCGACUGCUGCUGCUACUGCUACUGCGGAUUCUCCUCAGAUGGCGCAAGCUGAGACGAGCUCUGCGGGACCUGCAAAUAGUGGGGAGACUGUUUCCAGCUGGCCGGUUGAGGGAGGGAGUGGGACCCUUCUGAGUGGUGGUGGAGGUAUGGGUGACAGUGCCACCAGGCGGGAUGAGGAUGGCGAUACUGUAAUGUCUGAAAUUAGGGCUUUCUUCGAUUGAGUUUCGGCCAUUCCUUUUGUGAUUCUAUUUUGGCAAACGCCAGUUUAUGAACAGUAAAUUGUCAGAAGGAUGUUACCCGUGAGGUCUCCACCGAAAUUUGGUAAUUGUAAUCUGCAUCGGAACUUCUUGGAUGUACAUGUGUGAUCCUUGUGCUUUAUAGUUUCUUUUCUUUUUUAUCUUUUGCCUUUAUGCAUCUUUAUAUAUUCCCCUCCUCCACUGGUUACAUUUGUAUUUGGGUGACAUGGAAUCCAUCCCUAGCAAUCUGGUUCUGUGGAAUGUACAUUAAUUUUGCUUCCAUUCUUUCAAGUUUGAAAUACUAAUAAAUAGAAGGUGAAGCUGCUUUAUUCUUGC